AUGUUCCGUUGUGACUCUCCCGAGUAUGAGGAGUUGUUAGAGCAGUACGAAGAGGCAUUAGCCGUACAGGAAGAGGAGAGGAAAGCUGAAAAACGUAAAGUAAGCUCAUUUUUUGUUGAUUAUUUUGCUUUAGAAUACCGAGAUUGGGCUAGCUGCAACUUUGGAUAGGUUGAGGAACCCUGAAAAAGUUCAAAAAGAGCGUAUUGUACUGAAUGCUGAGGGACAGAUUAUUCAUGGGCCUGGAACUUCGAAGAAAUGUAAGAUGGCUUUUACUUACAUAGUGCUGUUUUUUAACUCGCCUUGGAAAAGAUUUUUAUCUUGUGUUAAAAAUUUGAAAUUAUUUUGUUUUAGCUAAUGGCUUUGCUGUUUCAAGCCUUCCGCGAACGGCACCCGUCGUUCUACAGCCACGUAAUAUGGAUGAUGUUAUUACAAAUGCUGUGGCACGACCAACAAAGCCUUCAGAGAUACGACGGAUGGUGCGAGCUAAGAUGGUACGAUGUAAAAGGUGUAAAAACAGGUUUCUCGACAAACAUCUGUAUGAAAGGCACUUGCGAGACAAACAUCCAGUAGAUCAUCUUGCGUAUCUCGUUCAGCAAGAAGAAGAAAUGCAGUUACAAAGGUAAUACAUUUAACAUACUUAUAGUUAAUUUCCUACACUAGUUUUAUCUUAAUUGUUGUUAUUUUUAAGGUAUAACUAAUUAAACACUAAAAAUAAUGUUAACAUUUGCAGAAAAGAAGAACUAGAAGCUAAUCGAAUAGAAGAAUUGGCAUCUGGUGGCUUUAUACCUCCAGAAAACGAAAUGGAUUCGGCAAAUUAUAAACUUGAUCUCUGUGAUAUACCUCUACCCGGUGAGCUGACCAAUGGCGUUGUUCCUCGAUUCGACCGUUUUGGUCACAUGUAUCAACCCAAGCGACAGUAUAAGAAGAAAGUGUCACCACAAUGUCCGUUUUGUGAUAAACGGUAUAGGAAUGAGCACUCUUUGAAAAAACAUAUCUCUAAAAAACAUCCUGAAUACGCAGAGUUUGUGCAAUGUUUGAGGUGUUUCAAAGCCUUGAAGGAUGAAGAGGAACUUCGGAAUCAUAUUUGCGAAUUGGUAAGGUUUUACGUUUGAAUUUUAAUAAGGCGUAUAACGAGUGGAUUACUAUAUGAUGUUUAAACUUCAUAUUGUACAACCCUAAUUUAGCGUUAUAGAUUUCUGCAACUUGUAAUUUACUUUUAUAUUAUUUUAGGUUUACAUGUGUUUUGAAUGCACUCCAGUACGAAACCUUUGCACCGAAAUGCGUUUGAGUAUGCACCGUGCUAAAUUUCAUAGAGGUGCCAACUCCGGAUUCAAGUGUAAUUUAUGUAAUCAGAAAUUUUUAACGCCCAGAAAGUUACGAAAACAUAAGAAGAUGUCUCACGUCUUUACGAAGACAUAUCCUUGCCAUUUCUGCGAGGACUUAUUUACCUCUGAAACGUCAGUCACUACCCACGAACGGAUACAUACAGGGAUCGUGAAGUUUGAAUGUAAAAUAUGUGAUUUCAAAUGUAAUAGAUUUUUGAAUAUGGAGGAACAUAGGAAGGAAGAACAUGGUUAUAUCUGCUCUAUAUGUCAGGUAAAACUUCCGGAAUGGGCGGAUAUGAAGAACCAUACGUUAACAGAACAUGGCGGGUAUCUUACUUCUACCAACAGCUCGAGUAAGUUUAAUUUUGAAUCUUUUAUUAAUUGAUAAACUUUCUAAUUUGUAAAACGUCGUUCGGUGAUUUAAAUUUUGAUAAUUAUCCCACCAAUUUCAGGUUAUAUCCAAUGCCCUAGAGUAUGGGUAAUGUUCAAAGGCGAAUAA